UUCACCCAUUAAACAUGUCAAUAUUCAGCUUGCCUGGUCGUAAUGGUGGUGGUGAGAAAGUGUUGUAUCCUGGUGACAAAGUUCUCUAUUCGGCGCAUGUUCACUUGCUGAUUAAUUGCAAUGAAGUCGAGCCAUAUUUACAGAUGUUUUUAACACAACAUACUUCUGCUCAAAUCAAUUCGCAAUUUCCAGCAUGGUUCAAAGAAUACAUGUACCAACAAACACCCGCAACUCGUGUCAUACAACACUUGAGAAACUUAUCUGAUGGCCCAAAGUCAACCGUUAAACAAUGGCACACCUACUUUGUCAAUGGUUACAGAUUUGAGACACACAGUUGGAGUGAAGGAAAAACAACAGUAAACAGUGGAGUGUGUAUGAAAGGUGUGACUGAAAAUGGUGAAGGAGAUUUUUACGGUGUCAUUGAGAACAUAUUUGAAAUCGAAUACAAUUACCUUGAUUACAAGAAAACAGUCGUGUUGUUUUACUGUAAAUGGUUUGAUCCUUCAAAUAGAGGUACCAGAUAUGAUUCAAAGACUAAUACCGUGGACAUAAAAAUGAACAAACAUUAUCCAUUGUAUGAUCCGUUUGCUAUGGCUCAUAACGUCAGACAAGUUCACUAUGUCCCUUAUCCAUCGACUACAAGGGAUAAGCGAGGUUGGUGUGCCGCAAUAACAUCAAAACCAAGGGGUCUGAUUGAAAAAAAUGAGAUAGAUGAACGUGAAGAUGAACCAUAUCAGGAAGAUGAGAUGUCCAAUGUUGAUGAUGUCAUUGCAGUUGAAACUUUUAAUCAACUUUGUGUACAAGAAGAAGCCGAAGAAGUACCUUCUGAUGGUGAUGUUGAUGAAGAGGACGUCGAAGCUAAUGGUGAUGAUGAAGGCAGUGAUGAUGAAGAUGUAUCAGAUUGGGAUGACAAUUAAUUUUAUAAUAUAGUUAUCCGCGUUGUAAUAAUAUUAAUCGUUGUACUUGAAUAUUUG